UUUCCUGGUUUUGCAAAUACUUUUAAGCCACUCAGCUCUCGAGCAAGUGCAUAGUGUUGACGUAAGAAGGCAGGCUGCUGGUGAGAUCAGCGUUGCUCCUCGCUACCUAACUUUGUCCGAAAAUAUCAAUCAAGUUCGUUUCCAGUGCUACAUGAAUGGACGGCCUGCACAAGAAGGGCAAACGAUGUGGAUAAGAGACGGACGUCGUAUCUAUUGUGUAAAAACCAUUAGAAUAUUUGCCUGUGGUAACAUUCUCAUUAUUCAACACGUCACCGUAAAAGAUUCUGGAUAUUACCGUUGUGUUUCGAGUAGCAACAAUCAAAGCUUCUAUGAAGUAUCAGUUAUAGUUCCAGCUUCAAUUAUUGAUUCUGAAGACGAAAUUGUUCGUGUUAACGUUACUGCUUUGGAGAGCGUUCAACUAGAGUGUGACGUGCGUCGAGAUUCUUUUCCAAAAUCUGUUGAAAUAUUAUGGCAGUAUGGUGACUCUUACAUUGCUAUUGGAAACACUCUACAGCUCAGGGACAUCGACCGGAAUAAAACGGGAGUGUACAUGUGCAGCGCGUCUAACGGAUACGGAAAUCCUGCUACAAAGUCUUUCUAUAUUGUUGAGCUUGAGACAACAAUGGCUGCAUCAGAUGACAAAAUUGAUUUCACUAAUUCGACGAGUUGUCAGUCUCCGCUGUCAUGCACAACGGAAAUACUGUCUCACCUGCUUAUACUGAUAACACUUUAUUACGUAUUCUAGACUAGC